AACACAUCCACACACUGGAUGUCAUGAGGCUGCCUGUGCUGCUGUGUUGUGUCGUGCUGUUCUCAGUUUCUGUCCUGUCCGAGGAGGAUGACCUUGCGGCUCAGUUUCCGGACAGUGAUAAGACGAUGAUGUCUGAGGCAAAGCAAGAUGAUGUUGCCAAAACAAGACAGCCUGCCUGUGAGAAAUAUGGAAGCGUAUGCACCAAGCACUAUGAUCCAGUAUGCGGCAGUGAUGGAAAUACCUACGUUAAUGAGCGUCAUCUGUGCCAGUGGAACAGAAAAGGAAAGAAUGUGGCAGUGGUACACAAAGGGCCAUGUCCUUAGCGCCACUAACUGUGGUGCACAGUGAUACACUUCUGGCUGUAAUUCCUUGUAUCUCUCCUUUUCAAUAAAAUUACAC